AGCCGCGGCGGGGAAGUUGCGCCGGAGCCGUCGCCGAGCGCCCGUCCCGGCCCGCCGCAGCCUCCGCGCCCUCCGCCGCCGCCCGGCCCGAGCGGGACAUGGCUGAGCGCAGCCUCCCGCCGGGAUGGAGGUAGCCGGGCCCUCGGGGAGGGCUCCUGCCCGCUGCGCUGCCAAUCGUCCCGCGCCGCUCGGGGCUCGCUAGGGAUCUGCCCCAGCCUCACCUUUCGCGCUUGUCCUGCCGCUUGGCUUAACCCAUCUUUCCUAUGGCUGGGAUAUACAGCUCUACUCUGAAGACCCUGGAGGAUUUAACUUUGGACUCUGGUUAUGGGGCAGGGGAUUCCUGCAGGUCCCUCAGUCUCUCUUCUUCCAAGUCCAACUCGCAAGCCUUCACCUCUUCUCAGCACAGAGGCAACUGGUGGUACUACUCGGGCUCCAUGAACAGUAGGAAUAACAGCUGGGACACCGUGAACACCGUGCUGCCGGAAGACCCCGAGGUCGCAGAUAUCUUCUCCAAGUGCCCUAAGCUGCCGGAUCUCGAGGAAUACCCUUGGACUGAUGAAGACAUCGGUAGAAUCCUGCGCAAAGGGAAGGGAGACGGCCAGGGCAGGAGCUUUUCGCAGGAGGCUGUCAGGCGGCUCUCGCAGCUGCUGCGGCGCGCCCUGAUCAGGGUGUCCAGGGAGGCUCAGCGCCUCAGCGUGAUGCACUCCAAGUGCACCCGCUUCGAGGUGCAGAGCGCCAUCAAACUCAUCCAGAGCUGGGCCCUGGCCGAGAGCUGCGUCCUGGCCACUGUCAAGGCGCUCUCCCUGUACAGCAUGAGCGCCGGCGAUGGGCUGAGGAAAGGCAAAUCCGCCCGCUGCGGCCUCACCUUCUCGGUGGGCAGGUUUUUCAGGUGGAUGGUGGACACGAGGAUCUCGGUGAGGAUCCACGAGUACGCGGCCAUCUCCUUAACCGCUUGCAUGGAGAACCUGGUGGAAGAGAUUAAAGCUAGGGUUUUGGCAAGUCAGAGCCCCGAUGGUGGAGGGGAGAUCUCGGCUGAAAUCCUGGAGAUGGUUAUCAACAACGAUGCGGAACUUUGGGGGGUGUUGCAACCUUACGAACACCUCAUCUGUGGGAAAAACGCUAAUGGUGUGCUGUCCCUCCCUGCCUACUUCAGCCCCUACCAUGACGGCUCAGUGUGCAGCGAUGGAAGGGCCGACGCCUAUGCCCAGCUGGAACUCCGGACCCUGGAGCAGUCCCUGCUGGCCACGUGUGUUGGGAGCAUCUCGGAACUGAGUGAUUUGGUCUCGCGAGCCAUGCACCACAUGCAGUGCCUGAACACCAUCCGGCCCGGCAUGAGCCCUGUCCGGCAAACCCGGCAGCAGCAGCCCAUCUCCUGGUCCCCUGAUGCCCUCCACACCCUCUACUACUUCCUACGCUGUCCCCAAAUGGAGUCCAUGGAGAAUCCCAACCUGGACCCUCCGAGGAUGACGCUGAGCAAUGAGCGCCCCUUCAUGCUGCUGCCGCCACUGAUGGAGUGGAUGCGGGUGGCCAUCACCUACGCUGAGCACCGGCGCAGCCUGACCGUGGACAGCGAUGACAUCAGGCAGACGGCCAGGCUGCUCCUCCCGGGGCUGGACUGCGAGCCACGCCAGCUCAAACCUGAAUGCUGCUUCAGUUCCUUCAGGAGACUGGAUGCUAAAGCUGCUACUGAGAAAUUCCAGCAGGAUCUGGGCUUCCGGAUGCUGAACUGCGGGAGGACGGAUCUGAUCAACCAAGCCAUCGAUGCCCUGGGCCCUGAUGGGGUGAACACCAUGGAUGAUCAGGGUAUGACCCCACUCAUGUAUGCCUGUGCUGCUGGAGAUGAAGCCAUGGUCCAAAUGCUUAUAGAUGCUGGAGCAAAUUUAGAUAUUCCAGUGCCCAGUGCCUCUCCACGGUACCCCUCGGUCCAUCCCGACAGCCGGCACUGGACUGCCCUCACCUUUGCGGUGUUGCAUGGGCACAUCUCAGUGGUGCAGCUGCUCCUGGAUGCUGGUGCCCACGUGGAGGGCUCUGCCGUGAACACUGGGGAGGACAACUAUGCUGAGACCCCCCUCCAGCUGGCCUCAGCUGCAGGGAAUUACGAGUUGGUCAGCUUGCUGCUCAGCAGGGGCGCCGAUCCACUCCUGAGCAUGCUGGAAGUCAACGGGAUGUCAUCGUCACUUCACGAGGACAUGAACUGCUUCAGCCACUCAGCAGCACACGGCCACAGGAACGUCCUGCGCAAGCUCCUGACCCAGCCCCAGCAGGUGAAGGGGGAUGUGCUGUCCCUGGAGGAGAUUUUGGCUGAGGGGGUGGAGAGUGACACCUCCAGCCAGGGCAGCUCCAGCGAGGGGCAGGUGCGGCUGUGCAAGACACGGAUGAAGGCUCUGCAGGAGGCCAUGUACUACAGUGCUGAGCACGGCUACGUGGACAUCACCAUGGAGCUCAGGGCACUGGGAGUGCCCUGGAAGCUCCAUGUGUGGAUCGAGUCCCUACGGACAACCUUCUCCCAGUCCCGCUACUCCGUGGUGCAGACCCUGCUGCGAGAGUUUGUCACCAUCAAAGAGGAGGAUUACAACGAGGAGCUGGUCAGCGAGGGGCUGCAGCUCAUGUUUGACAUCCUCAAAACCAGCAAAAAUGAUUCCAUCAACCAGCAGCUCGCAUCCAUCUUCACCCACUGCUACGGCACCAGCCCCAUUCCCAGCAUUCCUGAAAUCCGAAAGACUCUGCCAGCUCGGCUGGAUCCUCACUUUCUGAACAAUAAAGAAAUGUCUGAUGUAACUUUCUUAGUGGAAGGAAAGCUCUUUUAUGCACACAAAGUCCUGCUGGUUACUGCAUCUAACAGGUUCAAGACACUAAUGACCAAUAAAACAGAGCAUGAUGGCCACAGCAGCAAGACUGUUGAAAUCAGCGAUAUGAAAUACAACAUUUUCAAGAUGCUGAUGCAGUAUUUAUACUAUGGAGGGACAGAAUCCAUGGAAAUUCCCACCACUGAUAUCUUAGAGCUGCUGUCGGCUGCCAGCCUGUUCCAGCUGGACGGCCUCCAGAGACACUGUGAAAUCCUCUGUGCCCAGACCAUCAGCAUGGACAACUCUGUCAACAUCUAUAAAUAUGCAAAGAUUCACAAUGCACCAGAACUGGCCUCUUUCUGCGAGGGCUUCUUCCUCAAGCACAUGAGCUCCCUCCUGGAGCUGGACUCGUUCAAGCAGCUCAUCUAUGGCAGGAACAGCAAAGUGCAGGGCCUGGACCCUCUGAGGGACCUGCAGGCAGCCCUGGCUGGCCGCCUGCACUCCGUGUACGUUACAUCCAGGGUGUGAGGCAGGAUCGGUGCUGGCAAACCACGGUGGAGCGUCACUGGGGCUGUUUGUCUUCUGCAUCUUCCUGAAAGUGCCCUGGAACAGGCACCCCCUGCUGCUGAAGGAGGGGGAGCUGGCUUCUCUGUGCUGCUGCUGCUGCGCCAGGAGCAACACUGUCACACAAACAACACUGCCACAGCCCAAACAUCAGCUGAGGGUGCAAGGGGAGAACCCGAACCACAGAGAUCAGCGCUGCCUUUUCCAUGAGCACGGCGCCAGGCUGUGCAGAGAGAGGCAAUUGAACUAAGCCCAGCACUAAUACAUGGGCUUAAGUUCAUCCACACAGAUGUUUUCCCUGUAAAAAGGCUGCCUGGAAGGAGUUCCCUGAUCCUAAAGCCCAUCCCACGAGCCAUCUGUCUGGACACAAAGUACUUCCCCUCAGUAGUACCAGCAUCUGUACAUCACAACAGACCGAUAGAAACUUCCCCCAAAACUGUUUGCACCUUGAGAGAGCAGUUUUGUAUGUUCAAAGCUCAGUAGAAGCUAAUACUAACACUGAAAUUACUCUUUAAGCUUAAUAUGAAGAGCUGAGCUGGGGCAGGGAGGGGAGAGUUGCGGGUUUGAGUGUUUUUAAAUGCAGUUUCACUGUGCCAGUUGUUAAUCUAGAUCUGUUCUGAGGAGAAGGAAAAAUACUGUCUACCCUUUUGCUGUCAAGGUCUGAUAGUGUCAGUCAUUUUCACCUUAAAAGCCUGUUUCUGAGCAUUACCUGUGAGACCUGACAUCACAAAAGACACUUUGUAGAAGGCUCAGGUGUAGUGGGAGCUUGGCACUGGGCUGAAAAAACUGCCCAGUUGCAAAAACAGCAAUAAAAGCCUUCCCUGGCCUCCCAGAAAUGUCCAUCUCAGUGCUUUGUUCUCUCUCUGGAGCUGGUUGGGAUUAAGGAAAGACCUCCAGCUAUUCCCACUGAGUUUUGCUAAGUACCCACCAAAUACCAUUUGCCAGGACACUUCCAUUUGUUGUAGAUGGGUGAACAAGAGGAAACCAAGUUUUCAGUGGAGAACUAUUUAUUCCUUACUAGAAAUUCAACAAUUUAUUCCUAUUGUAUUUAAACACAGUGGAAGGAGGAGGCUCAGCUGGGCCCAGGCUCCAAAGAACAACACAGACACACUUUAGAUAAAGGGAAGGAGAAGGAACCACCAGCAUCUCCCAGCAAAUCCAUCAAAAUCUGACAUGGCCUUGUUCCUAAAGGAUUUACACAGAGGCAAAUUGCAUGCAUGGAUAAGGAUUUUUAGUCAGCUGACAGACAGGUUGGUCAGGGCACACUCCCUUUGUGCUUUAUGUACACAUCUGCUGAACAUCACCAGCUCCAAUAACCCUAUUUAUUACAGAAAGCCAUACAGGGGGGUCAAAAUUAUCACUGAGAAAUGCCACAAAAGGCUUUAUUUUGGAAAGUAUUUUCAAGUAGCUGCUCCAGCUAUCUGUACAAAUAUGUAGGUCCUCUUUUGUUGCUGUAAUAUUACAAUGCUUUGUUUAAUUGUACAUUAAUGUUGUCAUUUAUGUAAAUGUACUGGGAUUUUAUUAACAACAUAAUUUUAAAAUACACAGGUGCUGUUAUUUAUUCUGUUCCUCUAACAGAAAAAAAAAACCAACCAAAAAAAACCCCACAAAGAUUUAAAGACAUUUAUGUGGAAAAGGCUGUUGCAGUUGAAGCAUCUUAGAUUGAUUUUGGUGUAAAUAUACGUAAAUUUAGGGAUACAGAGGCAUUCAUUUCCCCUUCCUGGGCUCAGACAUUUUUGUGAAGUUAAAAAGUUUAACUUGCAUUUUUUCCUAGCUGGAAUAAGAUUACCUGCUUUCCAGCAGAAAGCAGCAAAUGCUAGUGUCCAAAAAAUCCGUAAUUCCAGGAUUUUUCUCUGCAGUAGGAAGAACAGUGAGGGUUAAAGCAAGUCUUAUGCAGAGGUACUUAAAAAAAAAAGCAGGUGAUCCUUCCCUUCCAUGUCACCUCAGGAUCCCAAAGGCCAGAAAGGCUCGGGUUGGUGCUCUGUGGGAGGAGCUCUUGGAUGUCAGAGCACAGGACUCAUCCAAGAGGUAAGAAGUACAAAAGCUUAAGAGCGAGAAUUUGACCCAGAAAUAUAUAUAUAUUUUUUUUUCUUUUUUUCUCUUUAUUUGGAAACCUGCCAGCAUAAACAGUAACUUGUGCUCAAGAAUCAUGGAAUACAGACUCUUCAGAUUCCCUUUGGAGCACUUUAGUAAGUAGGCUAAACAGAAAUUCCUUGUGAAACCAGUUGUACACUGCCUGUAUUUUAUAGAGUGCUGCCUGGGGAACCUGAGAAAGUACCAAAGUACCGGAGUAGUUGCCCAGCGCUGGGGAAGCACAGAACUUUGCUGGCCAUAAUGACAUCAUUCCAGGGAGCAGAGGAAGCAAACAUCUGCCUGAACAGGCUUGAUGACUUCCAGUCUGAAAUAAAGCCUUUUUUGCUCUAAUAAGGCUUUGCACAGCAGGCAGGCCCUGGCUAAUGCAGCAGCAGCACUCACAGGCCCUUUGCCCUUUCCAAAUGCUGCCUGGGCAGGCAGACACUGCUUCCUGCACCUGCCCACGGCCGGGGGACACGGAGGGAGGAGGCAGGAGACUCCCCUGAGGAAUGGGGCAGCAGGCUGCUGUCACACUGCUUGUGGCAGGGGAGAGGGCUCCAAAGCUGCAUCUGCCUCCCCAAAGGGCAGGGUUGGAGCCUGCGGGAUCCAUUAAUCCUCAGAAUGCUGUAUUUGGCAUUAUCUGCUCAAGAAAAAGAAGGGCAGAAAAAAGGUGUCUUGUGAUAGUGAUGAAAAACCACAGCAGAGCGAGGAAAAAGGAGCGACACAGCCCAGAGCUGGAGUCACCUCAGUGCCAUCCCUAUUCUUGCUGUUCCAGGCACAGGAUUUCCCCUGGUGAUGUCUCCGUGCCUAGCUCAGGCAGGAGGAGGUUUCCUGAGUCCCUUUCCAUCUGUCUCCAUCCACGGCCCCCGCACCCACGCGAAGCCCUGCACAGAAACCACGCAGCAGGGCCCUCCCCAAGGCAGGCCUCUGAGUGCCAGGUGCACAGGCAAACAAAAAUCCAGCUCUGGAAGUCAAAAACUCUCAAGGGAAUAUCUCCAGGGCCCAACGGAGAGGACACAGCUUCCCAGACGGCUCCUUUCUCCCUCACACUGCUCUGGGAUGCGAGAUCUUCCCUGGUGCUGCUUCCUCCCAGGACAUGGCAGGGGUCAGCUGGCUCCAGCUGUCAGAAGAGCUCAGCGCUCUCGGAGCGGGCGGGAUGAUUCCAGUGACAAGUAGGUCACAUCUCGCCGCCACCUGCAGGGAGCUGCUCAGCCAGACGUGGCUGCCACAUUUGCCUCCAAUUAGCCACAGGACCCCGGCACUGCGGGCAGAUUCUGGCCGUGGGAGAGGAGGGAGAGAUCCUGCUGCAGUGGGAUCAGCAAUCUGGAAUGGUGAGACACCGACCUGGAGGGUGUGGAACAGGCCGGGGACCGAUGUACCUGGGUGCUGGGAUGUGCAGGGACCUGUCCUGUCCCCGCGCUGGGACAGGCUCGCACGGCUGAGCUGCCUUAGCCCGGGAUUAAAGGCACGCUCUGCAAUUAGAGGCACACCCGGCUCCUUCCGGCAUUCCCAGCCCCAUCUGCACAGGGUUUGGAGAGAGGGAGUGGGGAGGCUGUUCAUUCCUAGUGUCCAAGGCCAUCUCUCGGCUUUUUGUCGUUCUUUCAAAUAAAAAAAUCU